AUGGAAUCCUCAAGCCAGGACAGCAUUGCGACCAAGGAGACGCCAAUACCCUUGACGGAGCUACCGGCCUGGGAGAAUGAUCCAGCCAACGCGCAGAAUUGGAGCGUGCCCAGAAAGAUCUAUAACACCGCCAUACCGUCUAUCCUGUGUUUUCUGAUAUCAUUCGGGCUGGCCAUCUACUCCCCGUCGCACGAGCAUGUUCAAGUCGACUUUCAUACUUCCGCUACCAAAUCCCUCAUGCCGUUCACCAUGUACGUCUACGGCCUGGCGUUCGGGCCCAUGGUCUCAGCUCCAAUUAGCGAAACCUACGGUCGCCGCUUUAUCUACCUCGUGAUGACCCCCCUGUCCAUGCUGUUCGUUCUCGGGGCCGGGUUUUCCACGAACUUGGCUAGCCUCGUGGUGUGUCGCCUGCUGGCCGGGAUUUUUAUCUCGGCACCGCUGGCUGUCGGGCCUGGGACGAUCAUGGACAUGUGGGGUGGUCCAGCAGCUAGUAACGGCGUGAUAAUCCUCAUGACUGUCGCGUUCGUGGGACCAGCCAUUGGAUCUCUGGUCGGCGGCUGGGUGGCGCAGUACAAAGACUGGCGCUGGUCGCAGUGGACAACGCUGUUCUUGGGGGCUGCCUGCUGGGCCUUCAGCAUGGGCACGCAGGAGACGUACGCCCAGUCGAUCAUCCACCGUCGCGCUGUCAAACUAGGAUUGCCGGAUACUACGAGCCCCGUGCCCUCUGGUCUGGCCGGGAUCCGGAUAAUGCUGACGGUCACCCUGGCGCGGCCGGUCUAUAUGCUCUUGACCGAGCCCAUUGUAGCUCUGUGCUCUCUGUACUCAUCGCUCAACUUUUCUGUUCUGUUUUGCUUCCUCGCCAGCAUUCCCCUGGUUUUCACCAAUGUUUACGAUUUCACACCGGGUCAAUGCGGGCUGGUUUUUGUCUCGCUGGCCCUGGGGUGCGUUGUCGGAUGCAUUGCCCUACUCGCGACGGACUACUAUACCAGGGCCCGGCAUCGACGGAAUCAUCCCGGAGGAAAUCCUCCGCCCGAGCAGGUGUUGUGGCCCGCGAUGCUAGCUAGUCCGCUGAUGCCGGCUUCUUUGUUUUGGUUUGCCUGGACGUCAACUAGCCAUGUGCACUGGAUGAGUAGCAUCGUCGCCAUCGGGCUCUUUGGCUGCUCCGACAUCAUGAUUUUUGUGGCAACCGUCCUCUAUAUGACGCGAGUCUACGGGGCAAAGUCCGGAGCCUCCGCCAUAGCAGCAAAUGGUCUGCUGCGAUACGGGGUCGGUGGUGCUUUCCCCCUAUUUACUUUGGCUAUGUAUCAUAACCUUGGGUAUAGCUGGGCAUCGAGCUUACUGGGGUUUCUGGCUGUGGCUUUUAUGCCGCUGCCCUGGCUGUUCUUUCGUUGGGGAAGUCGGAUCCGGAAACAUAGUGCUUAUACUUCGUGA